CUCAACACGGAGCCAAGUAAGUUUAACAGCACCACCGUAACACGAUUUUGACCAGAAUUUAGAGGCAGAAACCUGUCGGACAGAAGCAGCAUUUUGGAUAUAAAGUCAUUCAUUAGACUCUCAACUGUUCUUUUUAAGAUAUUUUCGGAGGCGAGGGCAGUUAUAGUUUGAUUGACAGCUCUUUCUAUGCUCCUCCUCCCGCAGCUCUUAAAUGACAGGCGCCCGCAUGUAAACUCGCGGCUGAAGGCAGUAACGGGAGUGAUGCUGUAGAAGAGUUCAGCGGCCACAAGCGAGAUUUCUUACGUGAAUUAUUUAAUAUUCGUGCCUCAGCAAUGAAGACCAUACUCGCUGCAUAUUCCGGUGUCAAAAAGGGCUCAGGCUCCAGCAUCCUAUCAGCCUUACAAGACCUGACUUCAGUCCCCUGGCUGACACAAUCCAAAAUGGUGAAACAUCUGCAGGUGAUGUGUGUUCUACACUUUGUCAGCACAUUUCUUGCCAUGGGCAUUGGCUGUUCUUUGCUGCUGGUGUACAUGUUUUGCACCGACUGCUGGGUAAUUGCUGCCAUAUACACUGCCUGGCUUAUCUUUGACUGGAAUACCCCAAAACAAGGAGGCCGCAGAUCCACCUGGAUGAGAAACUGGUCUGUAUGGAAGUACUUUAGGGACUAUUUUCCCAUAAGACUAAUAAAGACCCAUAACCUGCUUCCCAGCCGAAACUACAUUUUUGGGUACCACCCUCACGGCAUCUUGUGUUUUGGUGCUUUUUGUAACUUUGCGACUGAGGCCACUGGAUUCUCAAAGAAAUUCCCCGGAAUCAAGCCAUCUCUGGCCACAUUGGCUGGAAACUUUCGUUUGCCAGUGUUUAGGGAUUACCUGAUGUGUGGAGGUAUCUGCCCAGUAAACCGUAACUCCAUUGACUACCUCCUGUCUAGUAAUGGGACGGGCAAUGCAGUGGUCAUCGUGAUUGGAGGGGCUGCAGAAUCUUUGAACUGUGCCCCAGGAACGAACUCUGUCAUGCUGAAAGACCGCAAAGGCUUUGUAAAACUGGCCCUCAAAAAAGGUGCUGACCUGGUGCCCAUCUACUCAUUUGGAGAAAAUGAGGUUUACAAACAGCUCAUCUUCAAUGAUGGCUCCUGGUGGCGUGUGACCCAAAAGAGACUUCAAAAGAUUCUAGGUUUUGCCCCGUGUCUUUUCCAUGGCUGUGGACUGUUCUUUCCUGAAUCCUGGGGCCUUUUGCCUUAUUGCAAGCCCAUAACUACUGUUGUCGGUGAACCCAUCACAGUUCCGAAAAUUGAGGAUCCAACUCAGGACAUCAUAGAUAUGUACCAUGCCAUGUACAUCAGGUCCCUCAAAUCUCUAUUUGACAAUUACAAGACUCGUUUUGGUCUAAAUGAGAGUGACACCCUUGAAAUUCACUGAGAGAUAGCACUGAGGAAUAACUUUACAAAAGAACACUGUGGCAGUUGAAAGAUUUGCCUCCAAACUAAAGUGCCUGUUCAGAGAAGGUGAAGGUAAUGCUGUGCCUACUGUAUAAUUGACAUUGUCAAUAUUAAUUGUAUUGACAGAAACCAAGUGGACAUUGAUGUCCCCCUGACCCUAACUCUAACUAACCCCAAGGGUGGUAUGUUAGGAGCGCUACUGUGUCAAAUAUUUCAGAUUUCAGACAGUUGCUCUGUCUUUGCUUUAAAUGCUCUUUCUCAAGACAUAUCCAUUUUAUACUGUACUAAAAAAAAGAAAAGGUAUGGACAUGUACUGUAUUAUAUGGGAUGCAGUGAAACUAGCUCAAUAAUCACUGUUGCUCAUUGCCACUAGGUGACGUUCCUUAAUAAUUAAGUCUUGAUUAAGUCAAAUUAAAGAUUUGAUUGCUGCCUUGAAUAUUCUAGAUUUAACAGUUAUGGAGGACGUUACAUUCCUCAACAUAUGGCAAUAUGGCAAGAUUUUUUACGUUUUCAUUUUAAAUUAUGAAUAAAAAUAAUUUUCCCCCAUUAGAUUCCUUUUUUAAAUGCACAAGCAAUGCAAUUAUCGGGAAGUUUGCCUCACCUAAAAGCCACAUGGUUGGUAUGUGGCCAAAAUGUGGGGGUAGAUUCUGGCCUAGUAAUGUACAAAACUAAGACACAAGAGUGUGAUUUAAUUGUUGGAACAAGUUGGAAUAAAAGUGUUUCUGCCAGGAUAUUUUGGAUUUAAGAAAAUUGUGGCAUUUGAUCACAGCUGCAAUGGUGUUUUGGAUUGAAUAAUGAUUGUUAUGUCAAUCCAACAGUUGCAGAAUAAAGUGGGUCCUCCAUUUGCCAUAUGGGUGACCCAGUUUGUAUAGCUAGAAGGCUGGAGGGCAAAAGAGAAGUCUAGAAUGUGAUGACCAAAUAUGAUGGUGAUGAAUAUGUGUGAUGAUUUUAUCAAUGGUUACAGACUACUUACUGUAUUAAUUCCUGGUUUGACCAUUUUCCUGGACACCUCUUGUAAAGUUAUAAAUAACUGACCACAGAAGUAUUAAUUAUGCAUAUAUUAGCUGCACAUGCAUUCCUUGUUUUGCUCUAGCCAGUAGUUUAUCUGCUACUGUUAAUGCAGUCUGUACUUUUUUUUUAUACAAUAUUCAAGGAUGUCCCAGUUACCAGUGUCAAACAACUUACAGUGCUUUAAACUCUAAAAGCAAAUGCUGGAAAGUCCUCAAAUGUGUUUGUAGGCCAAAUCAAACAAAUGUAUUCUUUUUUUUUUUUUUUUUGUACUGAAUUGCAAAUAACCUGAAUUUAUUGUAGAGUUCAAAUCUCAGUUAAAGGGACAGUUCACCUAAAAAUUAAAAUUCUCACCCUCAUGCCAUCCCAGAUGUGUAUAAUUUUCUUUCUUCUGCUGAACACAAGCAAAAAUAUUUCAGCUCUUUAGCUCCAUACAAUGCAAGUGAUGGGUGGCCAGAACCUUAUAGCAUAUAAAGGCAGCAUAAAAGUAAUUCAUACGACUCCAGUGGUUUAAUCCAUAUCUUCAGAAACUAUAUAAGUGUGGGUGAGAAACAGAUCAAUAUUUAAGUCCUUUCUUCAUAGAAAUCUCCACUUUCAUUUUCACUUACACAUUCUUCUUAUUUUGUUUUUGGCGAUUUGCAUUCUUUGUGCAUAUCGCCACCUACUGGGCAGGGAGGAGAAUUUAUAGUAAGAAAGGACUUAAAUAUUGAUCUGUUUCUCACCCACACCUAUCAUAUCACUUCUGAAGGAUUAAACAGUCAUAUGGAUUACUUUUAUGCUGCCUUUAUGUGCUUUUUGGACCUUCAAAGUUCUUGCCACCAUUCACUUACAUUUUAUAGCCACUUCUAUGGCAUGAGAUCUACUUUUCCAUAAUGCUAUUAUAGUAAGACCUACCAUGUAUUAUUGGCAGUGUUGUCACAAUACAAAAAUUUCAGUAGUCGGUACAUCUGUACCAGUGAAAUUUAACAAAUUCUCGAUACCAAAACUAAUACUAACUCAUUUGUAAAUUAGGUAAACUUUGUUUUAAGUGCUGAAGUUAUUAUUCACAACAAGAAAACAACAGUAAUAAAAUAAGGACAAAGAAACAAAUUAAGAAAACAGUGCUUACCAUUCACGAUCGAUGUAAUUAGCACCCCUGAUAUAGACCUACAAAUCUGAGAUAUUCUUCUAAAAAUCUUUGUUUGUGUUCUGCAGAAGAAAGAAAGUCAUACACAUCUGGGAUGGCAAGAGGGUAAGGAAAUGAAGAGAGAAUUUUCAUUUUUGGGUGAACUAUCCCUUUAAUAACUAAUAAUCAUAUUUAUCCUGCAUCCCGUACAGAAUGAAGUUGAUGGUGAUAUUUGUGACCUGCAGCUUUUGAUCAAUGGAUAAUAAGCAAUUGUAUCCUGAAAUCAGCGAUUCACAAUUGUAACAUGCUGCUUUUUAUUAAGUUAUACAAUUAUGUGAAUAUGCAAAAUAAAUGCUGCAGUGUCCAUCUCUGAUAUCAGUGCCUUUGUUGAUGUCAAUAAAAUGCAUACCUGAUUCUUUAGAUUAAACUUUUAUAUAUUUUUGGAAUAAACGUUUAAGGAAAAGUACAUUGUGAUGUCUUGUUUUGUACCACAAAACUGUCAUAAAGCAUA